GACGGAAUCUGGUUGGCAGGGUAACCGGCCUUCAGUUAGUGCCUUCAGUGGGUGCCUUCAGUUGGUGGCAGUUGGUUGCCUUUCCUGGAGAGAGGUGGCAGGUGCUCAGCUCUGCAGGCGUGGGGGCAAGCGAAGGCCCAAGCUGCCCGAGAAGAGCAGAGGUGCCCCGCGGGGACCACGCUGACUUGUUGCCUGUGCACCAAAGCCAGCCCCAGGCAGGGCCCACGCAGGGCUUCUGCGGAGCCGUCUUGCGACUCUGACAUCUAUGAGUGGGCAGCCAGGAAAGGCUCAGGCGCCAGCACAGAGGAGCAGAGGCACCCGGAACAAGCUGUCCCUUAAUGCCAGCCCCAAGCGGGGCCAGCUGAGGGUGCGGUGUUUGGAGCCGUCCUGCAGCUCGGAGAUCCAUGAGGUGGCAGUGGGAGUAGCGCCACACUCCACUGAUUUGGAGCCUGCCCAGUCUGAUUGAGGAGCCUUGGCUAGCAACACGUAGGCGACCCGAAGACGCCAAAAGGGAGAGGAGCAGAAGACCUUCUGGUGUGGGCUGGACAGCAAUUCACUUGCAGGAGAAACAGCCCGGGUGUGGAGAGGUGGCCAUCCUUGACGGGAUCCUUUCUAAGGAGCCGAGAAAUCAAAGCAGAGCUUCCUCUAUCUGAUUCUCUAACAACUGCAAACCUUCCAUGAGUCAAGCUUUUUGUCAAAAGGACAAAUUAAAAGGACCUAUAAAUGGCACCACCCAGCCCAAUGCACAGAUGCCCCAGGCUGCACAUUCUGCCAGUACUGUUCUCGAAGAGGCCCAGGCACAUGCUGAAACAUGGAAGGAAAAGAAGCUAGCCCUCGGGAACCACCAGGAGCCAGGAGCACCCCGGGCCCCGCACAGCCCCAAGUCCAGCCUGCCCCGCCCCCUCCGGUGCAGAGGUCCUGGGACACCAGUGGCAGCCCCGCCACACCCCCCAAGGCCAAGGGCACAGGCAGCGGGGACUUGCCCGCCCCGCCCGACUACUUCCUGCCGCCACAGCCACCAAUGCCGCCCCUGAAGUACCCAGAGCUCCCGCCGCCGCCCCCGGACUUCAUGGAGACACCCCUGGACUUUGUGCUCCCUCCCCUCGCUGACGCCAAGAGGCCUCCUAUGCCCCACACCCCCAACAGGCACGAAGCAUCAAUGUUCACAAGCAGCAAACGAAUAAAAGUUAAACGUUCUUCCUACUGCAUUUCUAUAAGGAUUAUUGGGUCAGUCGAUCUUGAGGUCAACACUAUAAUUAAAACUAGCUUUCACUAUCCCAUGCCUUCUUAA